AAAAAAAAAAAAAAAAACACAUAGGGCCCCAUUUGGAUCGAUUGCGAUAGGUCCCGACAGUGCCCGGAGUCUCCUUCUAUCACUUCUGCACUCCGCUACAUAAACAAUACACGCUCGUCGACUCUACCAUAAAACCCUCGCCGGCCCUUUCUAUUGUCUCUAUUGUUACCACGACUCGGCGACAUGCUAUUGUUACUGCCUGUGGUCUCACUCCGAUCUUAUUUAUUCUGUACGUGUUUGCAACAAUUAAUUAAUUUAAUAAUUAUUACAUAUUUACUUACUCCAUAUCUACUUAGGAAUAAGUAUUUUACCUGACCUAUUUAUAUUACAUAGGUUUUUUUUUUAUAUGAACACCUAUUACGUUACGAUUUUGCAUGUCGCCUCCUUCAAACUGUACAGCUCUUUGAGAAAACAAUAUUGGUUGCAACGCCUAUUUAUAUAUAAUUACAUAUUUACUUCCUCCUUAUGUACUUAACAUUAGGUAUUUUUUUUAUAUGGGCCCUUAACGUGCCACGAUUUGCAUGCUGUCUCUUUCAAACCUGUAUUGUUUGCAACGCCCAUUUAUUUAUAUACAAUUACAUACUUACUUACUCUGUAUGUACUUACGACUAGGUAUCAUACCUAUACUAUUUUUAUUCAAUUGGGUUUUUUUAUAUAGCCACCUCUGUUACGUUGCGAGAACAAUAUUGGUUGCAACGCCUGUUUAUAUAUAAUUACAUAUUUACUUCCUUUUCUUAUGUACUUAAGAUUAGGUAUUUCUUUUAUAUAGGCCCUUAACGUGCCACGAUUUUCAUGCUGUCUCUUUCAAACCUGUAUUGUUUGCAACGCCCAUUUAUUUAUAUACAAUUACAUACUUACUUACUCUGUAUGUACUUACGACUAGGUAUCAUACCUAUACUAUUUUUAUUCAAUAGGGUUUUUUAUAUAGCCACCUCUGUUACGUUAGGAUUUGCACUCGCACGUUGCUGUCUCUUUCAAACCUUUUAAGAAAUCAAUAAUGUGUAUUUACGAUAGGAAUUAUACCUAAACUAUUGUAUAUAUACAUAAUGGGUGAUGAUUUCAUACCAAAUAUUUUACAUAUUUACCUAUAUGUUAGCACUUUUUGUCUUAAAUUUUAUUGAUUCCAGAUUAUUAUUGAUCGAGACAUUUGUGUUGUCUUGAUUUUUUAUCCACUCGUAAAUAAGUUUGGUAUAUGUGAGAAAUUGACUGCUAAUUAUUGAUAGACAGUUAACAUGGCCGUCUUUAGGUCAGGUUUCAACUUGUAGGUAUAUGUAAACAAAGUUUCCGUUAUUUAGUGCUAUAAUUUAUUGCAUUCCUGUUUAUACCAGUUAGAUAGAUGGGGUAGUGACUUUCAAAAUCCUGUUAAAACGUGUCUCUUCCUAGGUGGUCCUCUGUUCCCACUAGCGUGCCUGAGGUUUUUUUUAAACACAAAUUCAUAUAAAAAGGCCGCUGCUGAGGGUGAAUUAUAUAGUAUCUUUAGACCACCAGUUCAGUUUCAUUCUGUUCAAGCAGUUACUAUGGAUAACUUAAACAGUGAUAUAUACGAUUCGCAACUAAAUAAAGUGUGUGAAGAUGUCGAGGAAGAUCAAGCUUUAUACGAUGCCGGUGAACUAUUCAGCCAGUUGCAACGUAAAACGUGAGUAUUAUUUUUUAUUUUAUUUACAACUACUUGGUAUCGUCCAUCGUACUUGCAAGAACUUGUCAUAUUUUUUUAUUUUGUUUCUGUCGCGUUUCGCUAAACUUGUUAAAACAUGAAUUUAUUGUGUUGCUGAGUGGGAGUAGGAGCUUAAUAUAUAAGCAGCCCGACCACCCAUUCCCAGCCAUUCUACACCAUUAUCCAUUUAAGUGUCAACUGUCAAGGUUAUAUUGGUGUGUGAUACAGUUCUUAUAAUGGCAUUCCAAUUUUAUCCUCGGUCGGGAUUUACUUCAGAUGAGAUAGCGUGUUUUAAUAAAGUUGUUAUACUUCAAAAAUUCCACAGAUUUAUAAGAUUAUGGUAUAUUGAAGGGGUUUUACCUAAUUCAUUUAUUGAAGACUGGGAUAUAAUACCUUAUUAUACACCUUGUAAUGGUCAUAUGGAAUCUUAUCAGGAUGUCUCAUUUACAUCUAACCCUGAUGAAAUAGAUGGGGUUCUACCAAUGCAAGCAUAUUGUUUGCAUUGUAAAAAAGAAUCUAGUUAGUAUAUUUUAUAAUGGUAAUUGUGUGAAUACUAAUUUAAUGAUGUGUUAAAUGAGUAAGUAUAAUAAUUAGUUUUCUUUUUUCCUUUCACAGAACUUCACAAGUCGGAACCGGUAUAAAAAGAAGACUUACGGUGGAUCCAGGUAUCGAUAUCCCAUACAAGAAAAACCGUCAAUCAACUAGUCGUGAUCCAUCCUCCUAUGCACCACCUGAAGCAUCUGAUACGGAUUUAAAUGCAAUUAACAGCGAUAAAACCGGUACGAAAAAAAGAACUGCAGCGGAUCCGGUUAAAGAUAGAUCUUACAAGAAAAACUGCCCGUCAACCAGUCGUGACCUUUUCACCUCUGCAUCACCUGAAGCACCUGAUACCGAUGUAAGUGCAAUUAAUAGUGAUAAAAUCGAAUGUUCUGUGUGUCGUAUAUAUGUUUCAAAAAAAUUUUAUGCAAACCAUGUAAAUAGCAACGGACACAAAAACAAUGUCUUACAUUCAGAUUAUGAACUAAUUAAUGUUCAGUUGAUUGAAAGUGCUUUUAAAAAUAGGGUUGCAACGUAUAGGGUCGUCUCUAAUAAUAGUACUCUUGGUAAUCUUGAAACCCCUGAAAUAUUUUUACAGGAUAAUAGAGAAAAAAUACAGACAUUGUGGAACCGUUCACUUACAAGUCAUUGUAGCUUAAAAGUUAACUUCAUUCUUUAUGCAGAUUUCUUUCAAGAAACAAAACAACUUACAAAUACUUUUGAUUUUCAAUUAACUAACAAUAUCAUUACCAGAAGCAGUGAUAGCGAUGAAAUCUUUUUAUCUCUCUUGAAUGAAAUGUUAAUGAGAUUAUCAAAUUUUGAAAAAAAGGAUAGUGGCUGGAGUUUACAAAAAAUUAAUUAUCUAGAUGUGAAUAUAAACAAAUAUAAUCCGUUGCAUGGUUCAUCAUACAUAAAAUUACCGCGUGAUAUACACAAUAAAAAGGCUAUAAUUAAUGUUCAAAAUAAUGAUUACGAAUGUUUUCGAUGGGCUGUACUGUCAGGUUUAUAUCCACCUCAAAGGAAUAACCAUGCAAAUAUUGUGGGCACAUACAUGAAACAUAAGGAUAAAUUGAACUUUGGACAACUUUCUUUCCCAAUGAAACUUACUGAUAUUCCUAAGUUUGAGACUCUGAAUAGCUUGAGUAUUAAUGUUUUUGGAUUGGAAUACAAACCACAAAGCAAAAAACAUGAUGUUGUGGGUCCUUUGCACCUUUCAAAGUGUAAACAAACAAAUCAUUUGAACUUAUUGUACAUAACCGAAGGUAGCAGAGGACAUUAUUGUUGGAUUCGUAACUUAUCUCGAUUAGUGUCUAAUCAAUUAAAAAGUAGAGAUCAUAGUGUUUUUAUUUGCGAUGGGUGUUUACUAAACUUUACAUCAAACGAAAAUUUAGAAAGCCACCAAAAAAAUGGUUGUUUUCAUGUGUGUACUAAAUUGCCAUCACAACAACACAAACAAAGAAAUUGGUUUAAUGAACUAGUUCCCUCUAACAUGCUUACCUUCAAGAAUUAUGAACGUAAGUUACGAAUCCCCUACGUUGUAUAUGCUGAUUUCGAAGCAUUUUUAAAUCCGAUUCCACAUUCUAAUAAUUUCGAUAAAACUACAUCUUCAACCACUAAUAUUCAAAAACAUGAAGUCUAUAGUUAUGGAUAUUAUGUUAAGUGCUCCUACAACGAUAAAUUAUCUGUGUAUAGGACCUAUAAGGGUGAAAACUGUGCUCGUACCUUCAUGGAUUCGUUAAAAAAGGAUUUACAACGAAUUUGUUGCAAAAACACGUUUGUAAAAACCCCUCAACCCUUGACUGAAGAUAACAAAGUAAAUAUUGCACAAAGUAGUCAUUGUUAUAUUUGUGAAAAAAAAUUAAACGGGGAACAGGUAAUUUAUUACCACUGGCAAACGGGACUUUAUGAAGGAGUCGUUCAUUCACAUUGUAACGAAAAAUAUAGGUCUCCUGACUUUGUACCCAUAUUUGUUCAUAAUUUGAGUAAUUAUGAUAGCCAUUUUAUUAUCCACGGGUUAGGUUUUGAGGAAGGUAAAAUAGAAAUUAUCCCCCAAAACAAAGAAAAAUACAUAUCAUUUACAAAAUCCAUAAAAGUUAAUAAUCGUAUAAUGAAAUUAAGGUUUGUUGAUUCUUUGAAAUUCAUGGCUAGUAGUCUUGAUAAGUUGACUAAAGAUUUAAAACCCGAACAGUUUUACGAUCUGAAAUUGAAUUUUCCUAGUGGGGCAGAUUUUAAACGGCUGAUACGUAAGGGUAUAUAUCCAUACGAAUAUAUGAAAUCGUUCGAUUGUCUGAAAUUAACAUCUCUUCCUCAAUUUAAAGAGUUUUAUAAUUCUUUGACCGGAAGUGACAUCGAACAAAGUGAUUACGAACAUGCAUUGGAUGUAUGGAACCAUUUUAACUGCAAAAAUAUGGGUGAAUAUUCUGACUUAUACUUGAAAACAGAUGUUUUACUUUUAACUGAUGUUUUCGAAAAUUUUAGGAACGUUUGUAUGAAAACAUAUGGGUUAGAUCCGGCUCACUAUUAUACUGCUCCCGGUUUAAGUUGGGAUGCAAUGUUACGUGUAACAAAAAUAGAAUUAGAACUUUUGACAGAGGUUGAUAAAAUCACAUUUAUUUCAAAAAAUAUUCGCGGCGGUAUUUCGCAAUGCAGCAACAGAUAUGCAAAAGCGAAUAACAAGUUUAUGACGGAAACCGAAUAUGAUCAAAAUAUACCGAGUUCCUUUCUAAUGUUUUUCGAUGCCAAUAACCUUUAUGGCUGGGCUAUGUCACAACAUCUUCCUACGGGUAAAUUUGAAUGGGUGGAUGUGGAUACCCAUUUUGAUAUUCCAGAUGAUGCUGAUCAUGGUUUUAUCCUGGAGGUUGACUUAGAAUAUCCAUUUGAGUUUCAUGACGCUCAUUCUGAUUUACCUUUCUGUCCAGAAAAUGUGAUAUUAGGUGACUCAAAAGAAAAAAAGCUAAUAGCUCAUUUAAACAAAAAAUGUAACUAUGUAAUUCAUUAUAGAAACUUAAAGCAAUGUUUAAAAAAUGGAUUAAAGCUAGUAAAAAUUCACAAAAUAUUGCGAUUUGAACAAUCUGCUUGGAUGAAGUGCUAUAUAGACCUAAAUACUCACAUGCGAAUGCAUGCAACUUCUGUAUUUGAGAAAGAUUUUUAUAAAUUAAUGAACAAUGCGGUGUAUGGAAAAACAAUGGAGAACGUUUUGAAACGUGUUGAUGUCAGAUUAACAAAUCACUGGGAAAAUAAUGGAAAUUCUCUAGGAGUUCAGUCUUUAAUAGCCAAACCUGAAUUUCAUAGUAUAUCAAUAUUUUCUGAAAAUCUUGCAGCUGUUCAGUUAAAACAAACGGAAGUAUUUUAUAACAAACCAAUAUAUCUUGGUUUUUGUGUUUUAGAUUUAUCUAAAACCCUGAUGUAUAGUUUUCAUUAUGAAUAUAUGAAACAGAAAUAUCAGGGGGAAAAAUUAAAACUACUUUACACCGAUACCGAUAGUUUAGUUUACCAAAUAUUUACUGAAAAUGUUUACGAAGAUAUUAGAUCAGAUCUUGACACAUAUUUUGACACAUCUGAUUACCCCAUUAACAAUCAGUAUGGCUUACCUUUAGUAAACAACAUGAAAUUGGGUUAUUUCAAAGAUGAACUAAAAGGGAAAAUUUUCAAAGAAUUUAUAGGUCUUCGAUCAAAAAUGUAUGCCAUGGAUAUUCAGAAUGAAAACAAACUUAUAGUCAAAGCCAAAGGAGUCAACAAAUCCGUUACCAGUAAAAUGAAACUUGAAGAGUAUAAGAAAUGUUUAUAUUCAAAAUCCACUCAACUGAAUACAAUGUUGAGAUUUAAAACUAUAAAACACAUAAUAUACACACAAAGAAUUCAUAAAAUAUCACUGUCUGCUAAUGAUACGAAAAGGUAUUUAAUUGAAAACUCAACAGACACCCUGGCAUGGGGUCAUCAUCGCAUUCCUAAUCACUAAGCACAAGUAGUUUUCUAACGAUACACAGAACAAUAAAUAAUUUUAUCAUUAUUGUUGUACAUAGUUGCUUUUAUUUUUAUUUUAUAAUCGUUAAUAAAUGUAUAUUUUGUAAU